GGCUCAAUCAAGUAGGUUGUUCGUGCACACAUCUUCCAUGAGCGCAAUUAUCUAUACUGCCUUCUUCCCUUCCCUCCCCGUGCGGUAGGCCGGAGGGCUUUGUUAUACAAUGGAGGACAAUCCAGUGCCGACGCCGACGUCCCAUUCCGACAACAAGGCCAAACUCCAUAAGAAAUCCAAGCGGCGUCGCGAAAUAGACGUCACUGAGGGCGCCGAGCGAAGACACAAGAAACGGAAACGCAGCGAAGAUGUGCCGCCUACUGGCAAUGGAGCACCCGAUGAGGCACAGGUCGAACCAUCAGAAGCACCUACUAUCCCCAAACUCGAAGUUGAGACAGAGGAUCAUGUAAGCAAAGCAGAGAAGAAGAGACGGAAAGCUAAGCAAGACCGGGUUGCGCAAACCAUCGGCGCCGCAGAUGACCUUGCCGAAUCAAAGAAGAAGAGCAAGAAGAAGGAAAAUAAGAAGAAAGAGAGAGACAAGGAGGGGGCCGGCGAGAAUGGCCUUGGGAAACCGGACGCGGAGAUAAACGCCGAGUUGUAUACGGGGGAAGGCGAACAGCAGGGCGUCAUACUGAACAGUGACACAUUGAAGGACGCCAACAAACCAAAGAAACGCAGGAAGAAAGCUAGCAGUAGCCGGAAGAUUGCCGGGUCGCCUGGCCAGGAGGCACCGGCUCCGGAUUCCGAGCCUAUGGGCAUUCGUUCCUCGCCGGCUAAGGGUUCCGGUCUCGGAGGGCUCGGGCAGAAACCCGACGGUGAUAUCUACCCGUUCUUCGCUCAGACUGUUUCUCAAUACCUCCCCUUAUUUCCGUCCGGCCUCAUCGAGCUAGUAGAAGGCUUCGCCGACCAGCACUUACGACCUCUUCUCAAUCGUUAUGUACCGGAAUUUCACGGUGUUCUCUUAGCAUACCGGAACCCUCGGGUCGGAGAGGCGCCAGCCAGAGCAUCGCUAACCCCCGAAAGCGCGAUGGAAGACGUCGUACUGUUGGAAUCCAUCAACGAAUACGCUGUAGGGUUCGGGUGGUUGACUGCCGACGUAGAAUUAUUCCGUCCGGCGCGAGGCGCGUGGAUGGAGGGCAUAGUGAACCUACAGGGAGAAGGUCACAUCGGGGUUGUUUGCUGGGAUAUGUUCAACGCCUCGAUCGAAGCCGGAAGGCUCCCCCAUGGUUGGCGCUGGAUCGACCUCCUGUCGGAAAGCAGAGGCGAGAGCAAUAGGAAGGGUGCCGGGCAAACCGGGGGGCGGGCGGACGAAGAGACUGGAGAACAAACCCUUGAACCCUUGGAAGCCCCCGACGACGAUACAGCUCAGAUACUCACUACGGGUUACUGGUUGGACGAGACUGGGACCAGAAUCCGCGGGGGGGCAAAGCUAUACUUUCGGAUCAAGCAUUACGAGAUCGGAAUAAGCGGCGACUAUGGAUACCUAAGCAUCGAGGGCACAAUGCUGAGUGAGGAAGAUGAGAAGGCCAAGUCUGUGGAGGAGAUGGAGGUGCUGAGAAGACGCAGGUUAAAGAAUGGAGGCCUUCUACGAAAAGAGCUAAAACGCUUGCCUGAGUCUAGUGUGACUAAGCUCGGUGCGGACGAAAUCGAAGACAGCGAGGCUCGGCAUGCCCCGGUACGGGUGCCGAGUCGUCCCAGAAGCAACGCGGAGUAGGUGGAUCCCCCCGCUUCUUUAUGUAGUCUGUACAUGUCCACCUACCAUCAGCGGAUAAUCACCGGGUAUGGUGGACGCUGGCGUUAUCGCGCCUUCGCCUCAGCAUUGAAACAUUAAAAUGAUUACUACUACUGGCCCGGCUGUCGCGACAUUUGCCAAGGCCACGCCGGCGUGAUUGGUGUGCGCUUCAUAUCCAAUUGGUGAACAUGUACUUCGUGGCCAGGCCGACGUUGAAUCAGGGUCGCUGGUAACAACACAUCUAAAUUUAUGUGACCUGCGCUUCUGGUAGCGUGCGCUGAUGUACCUGCCUA